UUCCGCUGAAAUUGACAGGGGAUUCGGGGAUUCACUUGAUCGCCGUAGUGACAUCUGUAUAAGGCGUCUAUUGUAAUGUUUUCCUGUUUAUCUCACUGAAAGUGGUACCUGCCGUGACCAUGCAGCCCUUGUUUAAAGUACUGGGUAAAUGCUUGACAAAGGGAUCCCUGAACUUUGGUUGUAAAUAGUCUUCGGGCCCUUUUGAGUUAGUGAGGAUUGAGAUGGCGACAGCUGCAGAGGUCAGAGAGGGCUUCCUCUGCCCCAUGUGUAUGAAAGACCUGGGUACUAUCACACAACUCCAAGGACAUUUCGAAGAGGAGCACUCAGCCGAGGACAAAGAUGUUCUUCAACAGCUCAGAGGCCUAUUUGGGAAAACCAUAAAGAAGAUAUUAGGCGACAAGGAUACCCCAAGUAAUGCAGAAACUGCCAAUACAAAUUCAGACAACGGCCAUCAGAGCUACAUUCCUGCUCCUAGUGUGGCAGGGUAUGACCCAUCCCUGUGGGAUCCCCAGGAACCAGGACACACACGGUCCUGGACGGACACAUUUAAGACAGUGCGAGGGAACAGAGUGGAUAGGUUUGUGGUGGAGACCAAUAAACUCAUCAUCAGACUAGAUAAACUUACCGGCCAAGAAUCACCAGCAGAUCCCGGUAAACGUAAAGCUUACGAACGUGCCCUUGUACCCUGGUUACCAGACAAGAUGAUCCCAUCAUGUCCGACUUGUGGUCGGUCAUUUGGUCUCACCAGGCGGCGCCACCAUUGCAGACUCUGCGGAGACAUCAUGUGUGACAAGUGUUCUCAUUUCAUGCCAUACACAUUUGCCAAGAAACUGACCGACCCAGCCUUCCAGACUGGUGGUGAGGUGGGAUUCCUCAAGCGUAGUGGCAGUAAUACUAGUCUUAAUUCCCUCAUGGGUAUGGACGGGGACCCACAUAUACGAACAUGUGAGAACUGUCGCAAACUGCUGGAGAGGCGUGACCAACAGAUGGAGCAGAGGAACACACAACCACCAAUUGUUCUCCUGUAUCAGAGAAUGAGCCAGUACAUCAAGGAUUCUAAUGACUUACUCUUGGAGUACAUGCCUAUGGUAGAGUCGCUUGGUAACGGAGAAUCCACCCAUAGUCUGAGGUCGGCACAACAGCUGAGAACCAAAAUCCUCAAAACUUACGAAUUAAUUGAUGGUCUUAGCAAAAGAAUUCUGCAGCUUGGAAUGAACACUGAGCAAGGACCCACAGCCAAGCAGGCCCAACUUCAAAAGGCCAUAAGGAUACGAGCCAGUAAUGUGAUGCAGGAGAAUGUGAUUGGCCUACAGGCCUUACCAACUGAAGAACAGUAUGCCGUUUUACAGGAGCGGCGGAAACAGCAGGUGCAGAGACGUAUCGCACUGGAACGUCAGGCCACCCUGGAGGCACAGGAACGGGAAAUGAAACAACGAGAGCAACGUGAACAGAAGGAGCUACCAGCCAAACCUGCUGCAGGGAGUACAGGUGUGAGACCAGGGGGGCCUGCCAGUGUGAAGGUGAAACAAGGGGAAGAACGGGAGAGGAGUGGUUCAAAGAUUUUGUCUGGCUGGAUUCCUUCUGAGGCCACCAUUAACUUCAAUGACAAAGAUGACCCCAUGAUACAGCAGAUGAACAUCAUCAGGGGCUAUAUCAAACAGGCCAAGCAGGCCCAGAAAUUAGACGAGGUCACAAUGCUGGAACAAAACCUCAAGGAGCUUAGUCAGGAGUAUCUACGACAACAAAAUCAGUCCUAGUGGUGUCCAAGGCACGUAACAACAGAGUGUCACCAUGGCAACAGAUACAACAUCAGACUCAGCCAUGUUAACAAUCAGUAUAAGUGAUGUGUUGUCAUAGCAACAAAUAAACUGUAAACCAGACAUAGCUGUGGUAACAGUAUCGGUCCUAGUGAUGUGUCACCAUGGCAACAGAUAUAAGAUCAGACAUAGCUAUGUUAACGAUCAGUAUCAGUGAUGUGUUGGCAUGGCUACAGAUACACCUGUAAAUCAGAUGUAGGUCUGGAAACAGUGUCAGCCUUCAUGCUAUGUUGUCAUGGCAACAGAUACAACUGUAUGUGUGACCUAGCUGUGGUAACAGGAUCAGUCCUAGUGGUCUCAACUUAUCCUGCUGUAAGUCAGUGUAAGAUAUGAGAUCGUCUCGAUCAACAAACCACAUGGCACCAGACAUUGAAGUUGUGAGCAGGCCUACCAACAAGGUAAACCUGUUCCACUGACUUCCCUGUGUCUUGUACAAAGUACAGCCUUUUAUCGUAGACCUGUUAGGCACUCUGACAUUUUAUAAACAUUUACCUAGUGGUUGGUAAUCUAUAACAUGUUAACUUUUCUCAUCAUAUGUAUGGGAGGAUUAACAUUCUAAGAUGCUACUGGUGACAUUCAACAUGUAUACAAACAGUUAAAAGUGUGUGGCGUGCUUAUCAUGUACAAUUGUUCAAUGUGAGAAAUAAUUUUACAGAAAAUUUCUUUUACAAUAUCGACAUGGGUUAUUCAAGGAAAUGUGCAAUAAUUUAUGUUUUGUUUUUUAUAAUUUAUGAUCAUGAAAUUGAUUUUAUGCAUUAAUUAAUAAAAAGAAAUUACACAACAAUAUAUAUAUCUAUGCUGGUCUCCAUUCGGUUGUGAAAAUCUUUUGGGGUUUUGGAGAAUUUUUGUCAUUUACAUCAUUUUCAAACUAUUCCAAGAUCUAUUAAAUAUUUGAUAGAUUCACAUUAUAAUAUGGACUGGAUUCAGGUCUUCUGGUUUUUUCUACACAAACCUAAAUAUGUGAUUGACAGAUAGGUCUUGUGUGUAAACUGUAGACAGUGAAAUAAGGCAGCAGAGCACACUUAGUAUUGUCCGAGGCACCGAAAUAUCAUACACUCCGAGUGUACAGCAGCAAUUAGCCAACAUAACAAGACACUUAAGUCAGUUUGUUCCAGUCUACCUAGCUGUGCAAAUGGGUUCCAUCUUCCUGGGAAGUAAUUAUGCUGCGAAAGAUUGGCACCCUGCUCGAGGUAGUCAUCGAUUCUAAAGUCACUUCAUGCCUUUUAAACCAGGAUUAGCUCCGACAUCUUCACUAGUGUGAGGUUACAGUCUGGUAUGAUCUGGUCUACAUUCUCUGAAGAGAAGGUAGACAGCAUCAUACUGGAUUGUAACCUAUGGGUAGCAGAAAUGUACUGUCAGCUGUAUGUACAUAAAGUCAGUCUUGUUUUCUUCCUUGUAACAUACAGAAUAUGAAAUAAUCAAUCUGCAUACUCAUCCCAUUUAAAAUUCCACAUGAAGUAAAAGUAGUCCUUUGAGCUAUUGAAUGACUGUAUUUAUCAUUGUAACCAUCACUGCUGAUUGUGAGAAUGUCUGUUCCCAGAACUGAUGGCUUUGUUAACAGUGUACAAGGUACUGGUGAUGUGUAUACUCAUGUUUUUUUAUAAGUGAUGGUUCGCUAUCAUGUUUUUCAGGCUCUGUACAUUGUUAGCUUUUUAAUCUUUAAAAGAUACCUGUACAUGUACAAGGUUUAUUGUUUGAUUAUAAUGUACAACAGUGUGUAAAAAAAUCAAAUAAUAGUGAGUGACAGAUGAAUACGGUGCAUAUUAAUUCAAUUAGUAAGAAAAUUAUAACGAGUUAAAUUAAAAAAGCCAAUUUAUACCAACAUUUUCUUAUCCUAUCAGGAAAGUAUUAUCUUACACAUGACUCCAUUUUUCAACCAAGGAAAGAAAACGCAGUUUCAUUAUGCCACUAUUGUAAUGUCAUUUCUGGUAAAAUGCUUACAUUAUAAUUCCAGGGAAAGACUGUGGCUUCAAGCCUUUCAGCGUGUAACCUUGCUUGUGAGAGCAAGAUUUCAGAGGUUAUCUUACACUGUACCCAAACCUUUGUUUGGGUGCCUACAUAGCCUUGGUCACUAUUUCUAAGUACCUCUACAUAAAAUUGAAUCUGGGACUGUAGAAAGAGAAAAAGGGAUUCUCUUGAAUGGAAACAGUAACAAGCUGCUAGAUGGUUUACACCCUUUGACAUCAGUGUACGAUAUUGAACAAUUUAUAUGCUUCCAAUUUUUAUGUUACAUGUAGUAUUUGUUAAAUACUAUGGCCAUGUUUGACUACACAAAUUGAGAGUUGUGAAAUGUAAAAACGGGCCAUGUGGUAUAAAAUAAUGGAGAGGUACAAACAGUUGGUCUGUAGUUUGUACAUAUACCGGUAGAUAUCUGUAUGCAAAAUUUAAUAUUGUGUAUUUUCUUUGAGAACUAAUAUGUACAUGUAUUUAUCAUUCCGAAAUGUCCAUGCACAUUUUUUUUUCUAUUUUGUUUUUCACGCAAUUAUGUACAGUUGACAAUCACUUACUUGAAACAGAAAUACUUUGUUAUUGUUCUUAUAGUCUAGACGAAUAAUAUUAUUGAUUUCUAAAGAAAAACUUAGGUAGAAAAAUUGUGUUCUAGUUUUAAAAUAGUUUUAAAAUAGAAUCUGGUGUGUUAUGUGUCAGUUCAAGAAAAAAUCAUAGGGGCAUGGCACAGUUCCCUUCCAUGAUUCACAUAUGGGUUUAAGACAUAUAUAGACCUCGGGAUGGGGUCGACCUAUGCCAUGCCCCUGUGGGCAAAGUGUACAUUUUGUAUGUAAAUUCACUGUAUGCUGUAUUUGAGUAACUAGUUUGUGAAGAUGGGAGUAUGCCGAGAGCUGAGUAACAAGUUUGUGAAGAUGGGAGUAUGCCGAGAGCUGAGUAACUAGUUUGUGAAGAUGGGAGUAUGCCGAGAGCUAUACCCACCUUUUGUACAGAAACAAAGUGUUGACAUUUGUUAUUGUGAUAAUAAGUGAAAUACUGCCAUGUCUUUCAUUGCUUGUCCUGUAGAAGUGAAGGCCAAGGUUUGCUUUGUGCUCUAAUAACAAAUAAAUUUUAAAAGUUGAAUUAAAUUGAAAAAAAAACUGAAGGAACUUUAGACAUGAAAAAAACGAAGUUAAAAAAAUAAGAAUAAAGAAAAACAUUCAUAAUCAAAACUUUCUGGUUUUGCAUAUGCAAAUAAAAAACCCAGUGAUAAAUAAAUUGAAAUAUUGGUGUCACAUUUGAUUGGACAACACGAGUAUUGACAAAAAAUGUCUAAAACAUAAUUUUCACAGUAACUUAAUAUUGCCCCUGAAUGCAGUUGUCUAGAAGAUGAUCUUAUGAACAGUUAAGAGCCAUUGUCAGUAUUUAUAUAUUUUUUUUUAAUUUCUGAGGUUAAUAUAGAUACUUAGUUUCCUAUAGUACUUGUAUCGACCUGCAAUACAUACCAUACCUGUGAAGUAAGUGCUACUUUUUUGCUAACCUAUAAUAUCUAUGUUAAAAUAAACACAAUUUCACAGGAAUUGCUAAGAGAAAAUGUCAAUACAUUUGUAUAAGUCAAGAAGUUCAAACAAUGCUAAGCUUGCCAGAAAUUUACUAUGUCACUUUGUAAAAUGAGAGAAAACAGGGAUAUAUAUUUGGGAUUUUUUCCCCUGUGUGAUUCUGUGCACUGAAAUAUACCACUGCCAAUAUUGUACCACCAAUGUGCAGUAAAGCAAUGAUUGAAAAGGGCUGAAAAAUAGUGUUUUAAAUAAAGAAAAUAUCUUUAUCCAUUGCUACUUUUCUAAAAUUUCACACAAUCACAGUAGGUGCAUUUGUAUAUUCAUAUCUUGCAUUUUUUUUCUUUUAAAAUAUUACUUAAAAUAUAUGUUAAAUAUUUAUUGAUUUUUUCCCCAAAUCUUUUGGUAGAUAUAUAUCGUGACCUGAGCUGUUACUGUGAACAACCAUUGUCUGUGAAUGAUAAAUUUAAGUACAUUUCCCUUUUACUGAUUCUAACUGCCAAUUGUAUUGAAAUUAAGAGUAGAGCUAGUUCAAUAUGUUAAAUUUACCGAAACAGAAAGGCAUGAAAGUGUGUCAUUCACAGACACUCGGUUCAUCUACAGUAACUAAUCAGGGGCUUGUUCGUUUAUGUGGAACAAACAGUUUGCCUGUAUUUAAAUGAAACAUUUAAGCCUUGUAAGGCUUUGUCAGGCUCGCCUGAAAGCAGCAUCAUAUUACUAGACCCGACCUUAUUUCAUAAACAAACAACUACGGUCCAACCAGGUCAGCCGUUUGGAAUUGGGAUAAACGAAAACGGCCCAAGUCUCAGCAUGUCAUUCCCUCUCGUGUGUUGCCGAAUGAAGAAGAAAUGCAUGGUUUUAAUUAGAUGUUAGGUAUACAUGUAUGAUUAUUCAUACAUUGUAUCACAGUAAAAUGGAAGAUUUUAGGCAUUUUUUGAAAAUUAUAUGUAUAAGUCAGUAUAGAAAAUACAUACUUGUACUUGAGAAUGUAUUGACACAAUUUCAUGAACUUUAUUUACAAACACCAAUCAUAACAUUUUAAGAAGACUAAAAAGUGUACUUUUCUUGUUCAUUUACUGUAAAAAUAGUGUGUAGCAUGAAAAUAAGACAAGAAGUAAUCAACAUUUACUACAAAAAAGUAUUAUAAAAAUUAUCUUAGCUUUUGAGUUUGUACUGAAAUUUAGAGUAGAGUAAAUGUAAAAGUCAGUCUCCAAAAAUCAUGUUCUUUCUUUGUUAGAAUACAUAGUAAUUUGCACAAUAUAUCUUAUUAUGACCAGAUAGUUGUUGUAUGUUUCAUUUGUUUUUGUUAACAUUAUAAUAUAUAUUUUAAUUGUUUUGAUUUCAUAGUUUUAUUUGAUUCUCCUUUAAUCCCAUACGUUUUUUGUUAAUGUCAUUGUGGCAUUAUGUAUUGACGAUUCCUAUCAUUCCUAGUGAAGAGUUACCUCCCCUUCUAGAACUUCAGCCUGACUUGGGGCAGUGUAAGAGGACCUGGCAUUGUCACUUUGUGUUGAGACUGAGUGACGGUCAUGUGAAACUGUUGAAUUGUGAUAUCAGUGAUAAAAAAAUGUCGUGAAUGUUUGCUUUAUUUAUUAAUUGAUGAAAUUAUCCAAUUAGCUAGCUAUGCAUUAGACAGUCAAAUCCUUUCAGAAAUUCAGAUAUAAUAUUGUACAAUUAAGCACCAUAAAUCCAGCCACCAUUGUUUCAGUUGUAUUGAAGCUUCAGAUUGCUGUAAUUCAUUUGUGUGUCACAAGUAAUCUCAUGUUAUUACAGUGGAUUCUAAGAUAUUUUCGAUCAUGAAGAUAUAUAUAAACACAUAAAUGAACUGAAGUGAUUUUCAAAAUAUGCGAGAAAAGAAGUUUUUUGAAAAAGAGUAAUAAACGUUAUAUACCUGUAUAUGUUGCUUAUUUGUAAUUCCUUAGACGACAAAUCAUUGCAGAGUUUGAUUUGUUCCGAUACUCUCAUGAUACCUCAGAUGCUAGUCAUAUGUUGUAUUAAUUAGUUACCUGUGAAUCUGUGUUUCAGGUGUUUUCCCCUUUUAACCUGUUUGUACAGAAACAUGAUUCCUCCGUUUGUGCACGUUAGAGACAUGUAUUGUGUAUGUUUAUAAUAGAGAUAAUCUUUUUCGCCUACCAAGGCUCUAGUAACUGUAAAGGAGAUAUCUGUUUUGGAAUAGAUUUCAUUGAUUAGUAAAGGUGAACCGAAAUUUGAAUUAUUAUAAUUAAAAGAUAUUAUGUGCCAAAAAAUAGUUCUGCUGAAUUAGUUCUUUCUUUGUUUGCAACAUUAAAAGGAUAUAAAUUGUAGUCAGAUGUUUUUUCUGAAAAUGCGUUCGGGUAAUGAUUUUGAUUUGGCCAUCUAUGACAGGAUUUAUUAUUGUAUGGCUUUGACGGGCUGGCUGGGUGUCCACAACAUUUUUAUCAAACAUAACCUCCUUCAUUCUUUUUGACCUGUGUUCACCAAACUUUGCUAUAUUUUUGAAUCUUGGAAAGGCUUUUUGUUGCAAUCUCAAACCGUGUCUCGUGCCCUAUUAUAAACAGAGUUAAGGCCCUUCGCUCGUUUUGUUAACAUAGUUGGUUCAGAGAAUAUCUUCCUUGUCAUGUCACAUGUAUACAUACAUAUUUGUAGAAAGCAGAAUGUCACUUUUUGGAGUGGCACUUACUGAAACGAGAUAGUCUGCCCAAACAAUAAAGAUCAUUUUAUUAUUUAUUCAUUUUAUACCAAUGUUUGUCCAGAGCAUAACUUCCUUACACUUUUACCUACAUUGACCAACUUGCCAGACAGAGGUAACUUGGUGAGGGGAAGUGUUUCAUGCUGAUUUGGGUCCAAUGUGCCCCAGUAUAUAUUGAUACCUAAGUUUGUCUAUAGAGCAUAAUUUUCUUACUGUGUCACCUGUGAUCACCAACAUACUUAUGGUGGUGGCAGGAGCAGAAUUUCACACAUUAAGUCACAUCUCAUGAAGUACAUAUAGAGUUAUGCCCCUUUAUGAUUUUAUAUGAAAAUUUGUCAGAUUAUUAUCUUCAGAUUUUCUUUGGAACAAGUUUACAUAUGGGAAGGUGAAAUGUUUGAUGGUCAGUGUCAAAUGUGUGACACUCUCUGAUUAUUUUCUAUGUAGAUGUUUUUGUUUCGGUAUACGAUACAUGCUGUUAAUCCUUUAACAUGAUAGUCCAUAGUCAGAAUUUUUCACAUUUUUUUUUAAACCUCUUUCAUAUGUACAUUAUUGUGUCUUUUCAUCAGCCAUGUCUUUGUUAAAGCCUUAUGGUAAUUUCCAUAAUUGAAAAAAUAAUUUCACUGGAUCCAUUUGUAUGCAUAACUAUAUUUGCCAGAUACAAAAUUUACAACAAUAUUAAAAAAAUAAUAGCCAUCUGUAGUUCUGACUAUAGUUAUAAGCAAGCACUAACAUAUAUAGAGUCUGAGGAGUUUUGCAAGGUGAAGGCCUCCAUAUUAAGCUAUGUUUGAUUAAAAAGCCUAAUCUGUUUUUGGGGUGUUAUCAAGCAGCUCUGUCCUUAACUCAUUCAACCCUGAAGACACAUUUGAACUCUUCCAAUUCAAAGGUAGGAAUUGUUCAUUAUGAAAUUUCAGGGGUGAAUGAGUUAGGGAUCACCAACUCUCUUUCUUGUAAAGAAGUGUAUAGUACCAUCACUGUCAGAAAUGUGUGUGUGUAAAUCUUAUCAAGUAAAAUGUAAAAAAUCGGCACUGUCCUCAUCAUAUGAAGUUCCUCAUUAAAAAUCUACAACCAAACAGUUUUAGAAAAUAAACUUUUUAAGAAAA